AGAACAAUAGCAAGAAGUCGAGGGUGAGGCAGUAUUCGAUGUGAGAUUCAGCCAAGAGUGACAAUUCGGGCGGUGAGAGAACACAGAGGCUGGGAGUUCACUUGUCCUUUACAAUUCUCUUCUUGCAAAAUCGAAUUUCGUUUCCAUCAUCAUCCCAUCCUCAACUUCUUCACACUGAGACAAUUGACUCACUCACAUUCCACUCUUUGUUGGCAAGUCCGUGCACUCAAGAUGGCCGCGAGCAACGCCUUCCCGUCCGCCUUCGCUGCCUUGUUCAACAGCCUGUCCUCUGAGCAGUUGUCAGCGUUGAGCGGCUCGCUUGCUCUUGCUGCCGAGCUCAAGACAAGUGUGGCAAACAUGAGUAGCGGCGAUGAUGUGAGCGUGGCAUCCACUUCCGCCUCGGAACGCAAGUUCGCACGCGCUCAACGCCGCAAGGCAGUUGUCGCUCGUUUCAAGCAGAAGCGUCCACUGAAUGCUUUCAUAACAUACCGAACAUACUACAGCCCUAUCUUCAAAGGCCUUCCUCAAAAGCAGAAAUCCGGCUUGAUGCGCCAAAUGUGGGGUCAAGAGAGCAAGCAUAGCAUUUGGGCACUUCUCGGCAGCGCGUACUCUGAUCUGAGAGACCAUCAUCAAGAGACCUUACCAGUCGACAAAUUCCUCUCCAUCGCAAUCCCAUUGCUUCCAAUCAUACCAGCCGACAAGUACCUCUCGAAGAUGGGAUGGACUCUGUCGAGCGAGGCUGCUGGAGAGCCAGUCCUGUUCCGAAAUCCUGCUUUCAACGCCGACAUCCUUGCUGCUGAAUAUCCACCACAAACAAACUUGUCAUUGGAAGAUAUUGUCGGACAAUGCUACGAUCAAGGUCUCUUGCCCAGAGCCAAUCGCCGGGAUCUCAUGCAAGUGCUUCGUGACGAAGGCUUGAUGGACGUUUUGCCUCCUGCUGAUCAGACCCCUCCUUCCACAUGCGGUACUCUCACUUUGGCCGUCACUCCACAAUCGACAACCACCAUGACCACGCAGCCAAGCAGCAUCGAGACUACCCCAGAACCAUCUGAUGAUGGAAAUGUCGAUGGCCCUGUGUGUGAACAUGAGGAGAAUAAUGAACUAUCCAUGGAUGCAAUCAUCAACAGCAAUGCCUACCUCUCAGUCGCAGCAGUCACAGCUGAACAACAAGAUGCUUUCGAAAGUAACUCCCUUGCACUUCACUUUCACCCGGACGUUUCUCCACCAAUUCUUGGAUUCGAUCCCCGUGUCAUCCAGGACGACUUCGAUCCAUUCAACCUCGACUUGAGCGAACUCAUCAACUUCGACGCCUGAAGGCAUUGAACAUACAUCGUACAAACCUCCGAUGUGCACAGAAACUUGGAAUCAUGGCAUUGUGGCGCAGAAGAACGACUUUCAUCAUCUGCGAAUCUUGGUCCACGGAUUCACAUGCAGGGAUACUUGGGGAUUUCAUGGCAUUGGCUCGUUGUCAGAGUGCAAUGCCGGGGCAAAGGAUUCGGAAGGUCAAUCAUGGAAUUGAUAAGCAGACACAUUCGGGAUCAUGGUAUUGGCAUACAGAACAAGGGCUUUCGUCAUGGCAGGAGUCGAGAACCUCAGUCACAGGACUGCAGAUGCAUCCAUACUCAAAAGACCAUGAUGCCGGAACACACAAAAUGGGCUUUUUCUUGAAGCAAGGAGUUGAACAUACCCAGUCAAAGAGACUGAGGUCUUAAUGUAAU